GAAGAGUCUCUGUCAACCGUUUGAUAAACUCUGAACUAUUUAUUCAGACAUGUUAUCAAACUUUCCUAAAACAGCGGAAUAGAAAUAUUCUACUAUAUCAACGUGUUCAUCUUUCACAUUGCUGCGAUGAUCCACACUAGCAUAGAAGCUAUAUUAGGACAAGUAAAAUCUAAAUAAACAUUAUCUCUGCUAAUAGCUUGACAGUCAGUAAGAAAUGAACAGAAAAAGAGCUUUAAUCGCAGAUACAUUCUGUUUAAUGAAGAAACGCAGAUCUGGAGCUGACAGUGUUAUUGGGGAGAUUCAAGACGGUUUGACUGAUAUCAGAUCAAGCUUGCAAUGCCUCAUGACGCUGUUUUCACGCAAACUCUUCAACGACACUCUUCCUCCUGUGGUGUUAAAACAUCAGCUGUACAGUUUACACAAUGACAAAACCUUAGUGGACAAGCAGCUGAAUGAAAUGAGAGAAAACGGCGAGUUGUUGAUGUUCCAGAUGGGAUUCGACUCUGAGGCCUUUGCUUUGGUGUUUUCUGAAGACUACAGAUCCAAAGUUCUUCAGGGGGAGGCAGGCAGAGAGAGUCUCGGAACUGUAGAGAAAUUUCUGGAUAAACUAAUUCCCGCCUGCUCCGAUUUGAGCUUCAACAAAGAGAAAAUGCUAAAAGAGUUCCUCUUUACAGAUUCUGAGAUCACGCAGCUGGUGAAAUCAGGUGUGCUGACCGUGAGGGAUGCGGGCAGCUGGUGGCUUUCAAUCCCAAACUCUGGCAAAUUCAUUAAGUAUUUCAUUAAAGGGCGCAAAGCUGUUCUUGGCAUGGUAAAGAAAUCCAAAUACGGUGAAAUCCUAAAGACUGAAUUGGAGGGACGGCGCACACCUGCCCAGGUUAAAUUCCAGAUGAAGUAUCACAUUCAUGAUAUUGUUGGAGCGGAGUUAGUUGAAUGCAUGCAGACAACAUCAGGGAUGGUAUUACGUUACGUGGAUGGAAACAACUUGUCUUAAGAUUCAAUUAAGUACACAUUUGAAUGAACUGUAUAUUUAUUGCCAUGUUAUGUUUUGGGUUACAAACAGCCCCAAGGCAACAGUGUAUUAAUGUUUGCAUUAUUGAUAAAAUAGUACACAUUAAGAAAAAAAAAAAACAAUUCUCAUUCAUUAAUAGUACAUAUGUCAUUUGAAGUCAAUAUGCAAUCAGAAUUGACCCCAUGUACUGUACUUCCUAAAUACACAUUUGUGGUCUUAUUGUGCACAAUUCAUUAAAGGGCAAAGUCUCGCUCUACAA